AGAUUAAAGGUAUAAAGCUUAUUGAUUAACUUCUAUGAAAGAAAUCAAUCAAUUAAAUACAUAUUUGUUGAUAAGCGAUAAAAAUGUAUUGCAAAUUUUGAAUUUACCGCCGCAUAGUGAGAAACGUGUGAAGUUCGCGUUGCGAAUACUGGCCGAAUUAUGAUGUGAAAGAUAUUCCGAAGGCCGUGAGUGAACACGGAAAUCGAGAUGUGUGUGUGGUCAAAAAGACAGUGCAAGGUAGGGGUCGGGUGGCGUUUGUGAUGGCAAAAUUUUUGCAAAUGCACGGUCACUGACACUAGCACCUACAAUGGACCAGCAAUUUUGUUUGCGCUGGAACAACCACCCUAACAAUCUGACAGAUGUGCUAGCGAGCCUGCUACAAAGAGAGGCACUCUGCGAUGUCACGCUGGCCUGUGAUGGAGAAACAGUCAAGGCACAUCAAACAAUACUCUCGGCCUGUUCUCCAUAUUUUGAAACUAUAUUCCUGCAAAACUCACAUCCACACCCGAUAAUAUUCCUGAAAGAUGUCAGAUUAUCAGAGAUGAAAUCAUUAUUGGAUUUCAUGUAUAAGGGUGAGGUGAAUGUUGGCCAAAAUAUGCUACCGAUGUUCCUAAAAACUGCUGAAAGUUUACAAGUUAGAGGUUUGACAGAAAAUAAUACAUUGAAUCCUAAGUCCGAGGAGCGUUCAACGCCGUCAGUGAGCGCCGAGAACCUCUCGUCCCGCACGGAGUCGUUCGCGACGCCGCCCGCGGCGCACUGCGCGCCCCCCGCGGCCCUCACCCCGCUGCCCGCGGCGCCGGCGCAGCACCCGCCCCACUUGCCCCCGGAGAAGAGACGCAGGAAGAACUCGGCCGUACCCAGGGACGAGUUCGACCUGUCGUACAGGCACUAUGAGCAGGGGCACCUAAAAGUGAAGGGCGGGUCGACCGGCUCCGGUUCCGAGCCGUCGACACCGCCGCCGGCGCACACGCCGCGCCUGACGCCGCGCUCGCCGGCGCACACGCCGCACGUGAAGCAGGAGCCGGACGCGUACCCGGCGCCGCCGCAGCCGGCGCACGCGCCGCUCGCCGCGCACGCGCUGCCCCACCACCCCGCGCCGCACCCCCCGCCGCCGUUCGACCAGACCCACCUCACGGGGAUGGCAGUGACGGACAUGGCGACUAUGCUGACCCAGGGCUCGCUGAACAACGAGUGCAACGAGAGCGAGCCCAUGCUUCAACCACACCCGGACCAGACUGACACCAUAGACGGCUCGAAGGGCUGGCACAUGCGCCUGACGUUCGAGCGCGUGGCGGGCGCGCUGAACCUGCACCGCUGCAAGCUGUGCGGCAAGGUGGUGACGCACAUCCGCAACCACUACCACGUGCACUUCCCGGGCCGCUUCGAGUGCCCGCUGUGCCGCGCCACGUACACGCGCUCCGACAAUCUGCGCACGCACUGCAAGUUCAAGCACCCCGCCUACAAUCCCGACACGCGCAAGUUCGAGCCGCCCGCGCCGCCUGCGCCACCCCACGCGCCGCUGUUCGCCAACCACCUCGACGCGGGCUUCGACUGAUCCACCUUCUACUGGCUCGGCCUCGACGCUCCGUGAGCACGAGCCCCGCCAGGCCAGACUGUCCUUGUUGAUGUGUCAAAAUUUUAACAGACCGUCUCGCGUCGAAACCGCUUCCUAUUUAGGAUUAAGCUGAAGUGCUAUUACUUAAACGGGCCUAUCUUAAGUAGCUCGCCCCCGCGGCGACUCGUUUAGUAUUGUCUCGGUUGUGCGUUUGACUUGCCCCAGUGUGACCUUGUAUAUGAUUCCGCGUCAGGAACUAUUAAUAUGUCGAUGUUACUGAAACGAUGACUCGAAGCGUAUGUAAGUAGGUAAGCAAAUUUUUUCUAUACCAAUCGCUAUACGGGAACGGGCAAAAGCAAUAAUAUGAUGUUAAUUUUAUUACCAUAUUAUUUUUUUAUAUUGUAUCGAUAGGAAUCUUAAGCUAUUUAAGAAUUAUACAUUUAUUGAGUAGCGGUGCGACCGCGAAGUGAUGCUGGUUACUAGCCGUGGCCCCGAUACGGGCCCACAUUUUCUUGUUAUAUUUAUUCAUUAGAUAGGAAAUUCUAAGUUUCCUGUAGCUAAUUGUAUUUAUGUUAUUAUGUACAUCGUACGGGUGGUUCGGAACGACAUCAGAGAAGGAAUUUGAGGACUGGCAAGAGAUUGUGAUCUGUCGUUGGUCAACGACAUAUAAAUAUUGACUGAAUCUCAGUGUAGAUGCAUUUGUAACUCCAUGAGGCCUUUGCACGAUGGAUAAUUUUAUUAAGGAUUUGUGAUGUAUUAUGGGUAGCGCCUAAGGAAACAUACGAAAAGAUUUUUAUACUAGACUAGUGGAUCUAUUUACGGAGAUUGUUUUUUUUAUACUUAGAUAUUCUAUUGUCUGAUUUAAUAUACUUUAAUAUAUUUAUAUACCUAUAUAAUAUGAUUUAUUAGUGUUGUUUGUUUUUAUUGAUUCAUCGUAAUUAUAGUAACAUUGGUUUCGUUUAUGUUCAGUUGUCGUUAGAUACGGAUGUUGACGUGUUUUUAUUUUAUCGUUGGUAGGUGUUAAUGUGGACGGGCGCGCGCCCCCGCGAUCGGUGCUGGGGUCUUGAGACCUCUUUCAAUUACUAUAAGAUAGGAUGGAACGUUUCGAGGUUGCGCAUUUAGUAACUAAUAUUGGCAUUCUACGAUUGGGACUAACCUAGCGUUUAUGUAUGUAUUUUCAAUUAAGAUUUAAGAUUGUUACAUUUUUAGCUAAAACACUUUAGAGUGGUACGGUAACUGAAAUGUGAUAAAAUGGAAUGGUGCUAGAACCAGAGUGUUAACACGCUACGAUUCGACUCCUAUUAUAAUAUUAUUAAUGUUUUAAUGAUUAGUUACUUUGCAUUAAUUAAAAUGUAAGACAUCUAGCAUCCAAUGAGGUCGCAUCUGUCUGGUCAACGGGUAACAUAGCGCGGAUCGUGAACGCCUAGAGAUUACAGUAUCACUCGAGAUUUUUAACUUCAUUUUUUCUGAGAUCUUCAAAUUUACUAGUAUAAAAAUACGCUAAGACCACGUUUAAAUAAAACUGAGAAUUGUCAACCAAAUAUAAACGUUCGUAACGGUGUAAGAGACUACCGCAUCCGAAUAGUAAUCCGUGAUCGUUUCCAUAACUAAGUUGUGGCGCUAGCGCUGUUUAUUAGCUGUGAAAAUGCAAUUCACAUGUGCAAUUUUUGAAAUAGUCAUAUCUCAUAGAUAGAUUUUACAAUUGUCUAUUGAAUAUAGGGGCCCACUUGUAAUGUAAGCACUAAGCUCCGCAUCUCUGUAAAAUAUCAUUAUAAAGUCACCAAACAUACAUAAUACUACUUCCACAAAGAUUUUAUAUUUACUUUUAAGAAUAUUAAAGAUUUUUAUACUGUUUAUUGUAAUGUGGGCGCUUAUUAUUUGAUAGCAUUUCAUACUCAGUGCAAUAUUACUAGUUAUUUAAUUACGUAACCAAACUAAAGGAUAUUUUAAAAGUAUAUAAUAUAAUGUCAUUGAUGAGAGUAACUACUACCUAUUUGUAUUUACCUAAGUGAACUACUCCUAAUUUCUAUAUCUACCUAGUGAAACAGUUUGGGUUACGGUGAUGUACAGGUUUUAUAGCUGGUAAUAUUAAGAAUUAGCUUGUUUACCUCUGCCAAUCGUAAUAGUUAUGUACUAUUUAAUAAUUUAUUAUCGCGCAAGUUGAAGUCUAUUGUUGGAAUAGAUCAUAGCUAUCCGGUAGGGUUCCAUACCUCCAUGGCGCGGCAGGCCGGCGCUUCAUCUAAUCGUGAAUGCAUUUUAUAUUACUAUCACUCGAGACCAAUUUUUAAUAUUGUAUUUGCUAAUAGCAAAUUGAUUGAUUAGUAAACAUAGAAUAUUAUUUUAGAUAUUUUAGGUUAGGAUACUUGAUAGUGUCUGGCCAGAAUAUUUUGGAGUAUCACAUCGUUUGGCUCAGAAAAUAUCUCCCUUUGAUCUCUUUUCGGCUUUCAGAAAGUAUGCAACUUAAUAAUUGUAUGGUGACCACGUAAUUGGACUUAAUGAAAGCUAACUUUAUGCCAUAUGGAAUUUAUACAUAAGGUUAACGAAUUACUAAAUUUAGUCUUAUGAAAUUGGGGUCUUGUGGACCUAGUCACUUAUUUGGCCAAUCUAUUGAAUAUUCCAAUUUAUUGUAUAUUAAAAUUUACAUUAAUAUCACAAGAUGUGAUCUUAUCAUUUGAAAUCAAUGGAGUGCAGGAUUAGCUCUAUGGUUGUUUUCAGGAUAGCAAUGGUCUAGUUAUGUUUAUUUUGUUUCAUCUUUGUAACAUUAGCCAAUUUGUUAUAGUGUCGUAUAUCACAAUAGUGUAUUACUAAUAGGGAGGGGGUGUCAAAUCGUGUACCUAACAGCUGACUUAUUAGUCUUGUUAUAUUAUUAUACAUAAAAUUUUAUGAACGAUUUGUUGUUUAUGAAUAUUUUGUUUGUCUUGGUUUGAUGCCUCCGUUAAAAGUUUAAUUUAAAUAAUUUUGUUUUAUGCAAGCAGUUAAUGCAAUUUUUUUCACAUUGUUUGAUGUUAUGUAAUGCAAUUUUAACAUGUUGCAAACUCCUGCAUUUAUCUGUUGUAUUUAUUACUAAUUUUUACAUUAAAUUGUGGUAUGUUACAA